AUGGAUACUUACGAAUUUAAGGAAAAAGAGGUACAGGACCCAAGCUUUGCCUAUCAAAUGAUAAAUGGCAUACAUCGGCUGAAGAAAGCCAACACUUUAUCAGACAUAACCAUAGAUGUUGCAGGGCAGAAAUUCCAAUGCCACAAAGUUGUUCUAGCUUCCAUUUCAAGUUAUUUUGAAGUGAUGUUUACAAGCUCUAUGAAAGAGGAAAAAUCUGCUGAAAUUGCCAUGAAAGGUAUAGAACCUCUUGUAUUUAAAACAAUAUUAGACUUCACCUAUACUGGAAAGUGCAAGAUUUCCACAGAGAAUGCACAAGCUGUAAUGGAUACUGCAAACAUGCUUCAAAUUUUUGCUUUGAUCAAAAUAUGUGGCAAGUACAUAGCAGAAAAUCUAACUCCCCAAAACUGUUUGCCCCUUUGGCAGUUUGCAGAUGCCAUUGAUUGCAGAGAGCUAAUCCAGAAAACCAUGCAUUUUUCCUUAGAAAAUUUUUUGCAAGUGCCAUCUCCUUUGGUGGUAUCCCUGUCAAAAGAUUUCUUCAUUCAAUACAUAUCAAAUGAUAGUUUGCUCAUUCAUUCGGCUCAAAUUGCUCUUCGAUGGAUAGAGGCAGAACCAGAGAGAAAGACUGAUGCUGCUGAAGUUCUCUUCCAUGUUCGGUUUUCCAUGUUAAGCUCAAGAUAUAUGAUGGUAUUUUUGCAGCAUGAGAUCGUAAGAAAUAAUGAACCCAUUCUGAAGCUUAUCCAUCAAGCCCAACUUUUUCAGUCAGACCCUACCAUGUACUUUGAGUUACCAUAUCCCCAAGCAUCACCACGGUAUUCCUUGAAAAGACGAGAGUAUGUCCUUCUUCUCACCACAACAAAUGAUAGCACCUCUUCCUCUAGACAGACCUUGAGUUUUAUCAGCCCAAAAUGGGUAUUGCAAAAAAGAGAAAUUAAGGGAUUUGGUGGUGCAGCCAUUUGCAGCAGCACUGUCAACUCUGAGGUUUUUGUGUCUGGGGGAAAGGAUAACCCAAAGAAACUGAUCAUGUACAACGCUGAGCUUGGGCUCCAAUGUGAAAGAGAGCUUGCAACAAUGCUGACUAGAAGGCAAAACCAUACUAUGGUAAUAAUAGGUGGCUGUUUACAUAUUAUAGGGGGUUUGGAGAUUGUUUCUACAACCAAAAAUGUUCAGAUUGGUCCUGCCACUCCAGCCAAACAAUUUCAGCCUUGUCCUGUCUCAAAUCAACCUGCAGGAAGAAUUUUCUUUGGUACUUGUGUCCCAGAUCAACCUGCAAGAAGAAAUAUUUUUGGUGCCUCUGUCCCAGAUCAACCUACAGCACCUGCAUUUACUCCUAGCAUUCCUGUCACAAACCUGCUACAUAAAAUUACUGCAGUUUCCAAGAUUGAAGUCUACAACAUCCAGCAGAACAAGUGGAGACCAGCAGGUAAUCUGCUUACUGGAGUUUGGCAACAUGCCUCUGUCUCUUUUCAAGAUAAAGUCUACACCUUUGGAGGGACAACUGACAUAUCUGGCUCUCUGAAAGAUGCCACUAACAAGGUUCAGAUAUACUCCUCGCAAACAGGAGAAUGUGUGCUGGGCCCAGAAAUACCUGCAGCCAUUUCCAAGUGCACUGCUACAGUUAUGGAAGAGUCCAUCUUUAUCAUUGGCUUGGAGAUAGAGAUCAAGCCCCUGUCUAAUUCUGAAGAAGAUGAAGAGCCGGACCCUGGCUCUGAUCAUGAAGAAAAACCAGUAUUCUAUCAGUUCAAGCCCCUAGAUGGGGUGUGGAUCAAACUCAACCCACCCACCAACAUAAAUUCAGCUCUUUGUACAUUUCAUGGAAAAAUCUGGAAUAUUGUGGUUGGUUCUGAGACCAAAGUGUACCUCUACAACCAUCAGAAUGAUGUGUGGGAGGGUAAUUCUGAUGACUCAGAAGAUCCAGAUAAAUCAGAAGAUGUGAAUAAUUCAGUAAAGUGCAUGCAGAUAACUUACUAG